UUUUCGUUGUACCUCUAUCACAACACUUGUGGCGUAGUCAGCGUUUUUCAGAUCGGACGAAAAAGAUGUCUUUAGCUCACGUCGUUGUGCUUAUGGCUUUAGUUGACACUGGUGGUGCUGGUUGCAGCAGAACAAACUGGGCGGAAACGAUUAAAAAACAGGGAACUUCAAUGUGUAAUAACCAAAAUGAUUUUAUCUCUGGCUUUUAUCGAGCUGCUUUCACAGGUGAUGAAAAGGACAGUAUAGAAUUAAUAGACGGAGUUGAAUGUUGUUCGAGAAAUUCACCAUGGGACACAUCUAGAACACAAACAAUGACAGCUGAUUGGUGGUACUCGUUUGAUAAAGUAAAUACUUGGUCAACCUGUCCUCCUGGUUAUUUCUUAAACGGUAUUUACAGAACGAGAGACGCUGACCGUGGCUUUCUGCAUAACAUAGAAGAGGGACGUUGUUCUAAACCAGCGGACCACCCACCAUACUACCAUGACUGCAAUGACCACAACGUUGAGACAUGUUUUAAUGGCAUAGGUUUGUGUAAAUGUAAUGAUGGUUACUAUGUCACUGGUUUGUACAAGGGGAACUGUAAUCGACUUUUUUGUAUAGAGACUUUGCGAUGUUGCAAGCCGGCGUCAGCACCAGAAGUACUCGACGAACUCAACAAGGUGAAGACACGCAUCAUGGACACUACAAUGCACGACAUAUCAAAUUUGGCGAAUCAUCUCGGUUAUGGUUGGUGCGGAGGUUGUAGAGGCGAGAAUGUUGGCGAGGAUUUUGUAAGAAACGGCGACACAUGGCUCUCUAGUACAAACCAACCGUGCGAUGGGUAUAUGCAUGAACAACGUCUCAACCUAGCCUAUGGAGACUGGAGUUUUGGUAUAAAAGACAUCAAAUAUGGAACACCUUUAAUUGAAGAUUUGGCGGCUGAAACGAUAGACUCAGGAGUUAUUUAUAACAGAGACCCGACAAGUACAACCAAGACUAUCACACGAACUGAAAGCAUUGCGCGUAGUAUCACACAUACGACAACCAGCGCUUGGAGAAACAGCCAGGAAUUAAAUUUCAAAAUAUCCUACACACCGCCUGGCGGACCUACUAUUUCUACCGGGUUCAAGUUUGGAUUUGAAACAAGUUCAUCGCAGACAGAUGAAAACAAAGAUGAACAGACGAAAUCCUUUACAGUCACUAGUGUAAAAACCAUACAACCGAAUUCUGCAGCUAAAUGGCGUCUUGUUGUGGCCAAAACUAAAAGUUCAGUUAACUAUACUGCGACAAUUAUAGUUAAGUUCUCCACUGAGCUUCAAGGUUUUCUACGUUGGAGUGGGGGCAUUGGUCAUGCUGAUACCAAUUACCAUUAUAAGCAUCGUGGAAGUGGAGAUCGUCCUACUUUUAACUACAGAUUUGGCGACUCUAAGGUCCCCUUCUACACAGCACUGAAGAGAGAGAGCGAUACCAACUCACACCCUUGGUUGUGGACCAAUUUGAAAAGUGCAUAUCCAGGCUUGCAACAGGUAAUCAACGAUCUGUGCGAUGAAAACAGAUACGUUUUUAAGCUAACCGGAAAGUUUGAAGAUGUAUCGGGAAAAAACGUCGACUUUCAUUGGGAUACCGUACCGACAAAAAAGCGAUCAGUAGACUCUCGUGCUAAUGCACAGGAUAAAAUUUUACAUGCUUCCACACAAUUUCCCAAGACUGCACCUAACGAUGUUGGUCCUAAGAAUCUAACUGACAUUUUACAGAACUCCACACAAGUGGCCAAGACUGCGCAUAACGAUGUUGGUCCUACAAAGCUAACGGAUCAUAUUUUACAGAACUCCACACAAGUGCAAAAGACUGCGCCUAACGAUGCUCCUCGAGUGAAUCUUUGAUCCUUCGUAAUCGAACAUCGAGGUGACGUCCAAGCUGCGUAAACUCUUGAAGAUGUUUCAAAAUAAAACAUACAUAU